AUGAGCUUCGAGUUGCAACGGGCUAGUUUGGAAAUCCUUGCUAAAAAUUGUUGGACUUAAUUUCCCGGCGCGUGUCAGGGUGAAAAUAACUCCGUGUAACGAUACAGUAUGCAUAGCGGAGAUACACCCGGGCUCAUCGGUAACAAUCCCACAACAUAGAGAGUUACGUCUCCCGCUCGUCAGAGAGCUCCGUCAGGGGCACGCUGAGGACAAGGCGAUUGUUCCGAGAGGGCUCACUGUAAGUAGCGGCAGUGAACGGCUCGGGAGAAGCUCUAUUUGCUUCGCUAGCUCGUAGCGCGACUCCGAGGGCUGUAUCUAUUCAGUGGGAAAGCUGAGGAGAGAAAUCAUUCAAGUGAAUGUCCCUAAGCGAUUGCGCUGUGGGAAUAGCACCGUGGAUUACCAGUGGUCCGACGGUAUGAUUGUGUCUCGACGAUACCAGUUGCUUUAGGAUAACGUAACUCUGGAUAUGGAUACAUAGUGAUUAGUUUACCUAUGAUUGUCAGCUAGCAUCUUUGGAGACUUAUAGAGCCACGAGCUCUUCUACAGGUGAUUGGAAGAUCAAAGGAGCCGAUUUAAAGAUGGAUAACUCAAGACUGAUCGACUGCCUCCUGCUGCUUGUCUGUGUCUUCUCUCCUCUCUCCACGGCUAUCAGGCCUCCGUACCAGUCGGGACAGAACUCCCGUGAUGUCAACAAGAUCGCCGGGCAGUGGGGGAAAUGGGGUGUGUGGUCGUCAUGCUCAGUCAGGUGUGGAACAGGUAUCUCCUCCCGGACACGGCGUUGUGAGCAUCCCCUUACUCUCCCCGUCGCAUCACUGAUCAUCCGGGCAGAUGACAGCGUUGUGUGUGAAGGAGGAGGGAGAGAGAUCCGCGUCUGUAACAAGCAUAAAUGUCCACCCAAGGUUGAAAAUGUCCGUCAAAAGCAGUGCCGUAAAUUCAAUGCUAGAGUGUUUAAUGGCAAAAAGUAUGAAUGGGAGCCAUACAUUAACCCUAAUAACAAGUGUGAGCUGACAUGCCGGGCUAAAGGUCAACAUUUCUACGCUCGCCUAGCCAAUCGGGUGGGAGAUGGCACUCCAUGUGAUCUGACGUCAUUUUCUGUCUGCAUUCGGCGCAAGUGCAUCAAAGUUGGCUGUGAUGACCUAGUGGGUUCUAACGCGACGCUGGACAAGUGCGGGGUGUGUAACGGCGACAACAGCACCUGUAGAACCAUCUCCGGCGUGUUUACGCGCCCCGACCUGCCACGCGGCUACACCAAGAUCACCACCAUACCAGCAGGCAGUACCGGAGUGAACAUCACCGAGCUCAGACCCAGUAAUAAUUACCUCAGUUUGAGAACUCGCUCAAAAUCAGUCGUAAACGGUAAUUGGACAAUGUCAGCAUCCGGGAACUAUCAAGCUGCCGGAACUACUUUCAUAUACAAGAAGCAGUCACGUGAAUGUCCCGGAGAAUGUAUCUUCGCUCGGGGCCCACUAAACCAAACCGUAGACGUCUUGAUGCUGGUUUAUCAUCAGAACCCUGGAGUCAUGUACAGCUUCAAUGUGCCUGUGGAUGUAACGGACGCUUACUUCAAAGAAAUCAUUUCUCGUAGUGACGAAAGUCAUGUUCUCACCAGAGCUGCACCACCCACCGUCAUUCCUUCACGUACUGCUACCGUUGCCCAGCCAGAGUUGGCUAAUCUGGAACUGGGAGGACCAACUGAUGUAGAUGUAGAGGUUGACAAGGAUGAUGAUGAGGAGGAGGAGGAUGAGGAGGAGGAGGCGACAGAACCCUUCAGGGAAGAUUUUGUAGAGAGCCACGGUAGACAUCCCCAUGAGGACCUCGAAGAAGGUGUCAUGGCGAGACCAGACACUCAGGAGGAUCAUAUUAGAGGGUCGUUUGGUCAGAAGGAAUAUACUUUCCAUAAAGGAAAUGGUGCUACGGUUCUUCUGAAGGCUAACGUGGAAUCAUGGUCUGAUCGUGCCAACGUUCAUGAGGAACAGAGUCAAAAAGGUCCCACGUUUGUGUUGUCGGAGCUGGGGUCUAAAGGAGAGGAUGAGGGCGAUACAAGUUUGGAGGUGGUUGACGGGGCAGCUGUGUUGAAGCAGCAGAGGGGAGAACAGAUGGUGGAGACUGAUGUAAGGGAUGAAGGUGGUGAACAGGAAGGCGAUGAGGGUGAACAGGAUGCUGGUGAAGGCGGGGAGAAAAGUGAAGAGGUCGAUGAUGGAGGAGAACAGGAAAGAGAAGAGAGUGAUGAAAGGAAUGAUGAAGACAAUAGUGAGUCGAGCCACUUAGGUGAAGAAGUUAAUGAGGCUGGUGAUAAUGGAAAUGUGGAGAUUGAGGGCGAGAAGGAAAAGGUGAAUGACUUUGCUGAUGAAGAUGAAGAUGUCGAUGAUAAUGAAGAGGAAGAAGAUGGUGAUGAAGAAGAUGGUAAUGAUGGAGAUGAUGAUGAUAGUAAUGAAGAAGAAGAAAAAGAAGAAGAAGAACCAUAUGAUAAAAGCAGAGGCGAUGAAGUUCUUGGGCUGGGAGAUGGAUUUAGAGAACGAGAACCAGUUUACAACAGACGUGGAUACAGGUUACCAAACACAGUAAAGGCAGAGACAGAGACAAGAAAAACGGAUUCUAGCCAAGGAGGUUAUUCACCAACAACACACGUAGAGGUUACAACACCAGCGACUCCAGCAACGACUGUACGGGGUACUCUGAACGUACCACAACGAGACAGCCGGUUCCGGACAUACAGCAGAUCACUCGGCCGUUCAAGUGUUCAGCCAGCAAUCCGGCGGGUAGGUCGUCCUUUCGGCAGACCGGGGCGACGAGGAAGUGUUAGAAUUCCAAAGUAUUCUCAGAGCUUUACAUUCCGAGAAAGAUUUAAGAUUCUGAGAGAUGCACAGAAAAAGCGAUUACUGCGUCAAAGACAGAAACUAAUUCAAAAAAGCGAAGUAUCUUCAAUUGCCCCCUCAGUGAACAGACGCAUAUCAAGUAGUUCACAACUGCCAAGCAUUCAAGGAACCGACACAUCAAGGAUACGAAGUCAACAGGGUGGAAUCCGGCACACAUCGCAGAUACAUGGACAAUCUACGACUCCUCGGAGUCACCAUGUGCGACAUCGACAUCACCAUCGCCAGGCAGCCAUUGUCACAACACCUCCUCCUCAAAGAAGGCUUGGUAGUGUUGACAGGAAUUCCCAAGGCCUCCGACUCGGAGCAACCGGUGAGCGUCGGGUUGACCAAGAGAAGCAGAGAGCUGGUUCCAGCAUCACGUUGAAGGCCAACGUUAACGCUUCACCUUCUGACAGAGAUCAGCAAUCCGGACGUACCUAUCGUCGAAAUGAAAACCAGGGGGUCCGUACAAGAGACAAUCAAGGUCAUGGUUCUCAAACCAGCAACCGACGAACAUCUCCUGGUCAUCAACCGUCACUGAAUGCACGCGUCUCCCAUAACAUUGACAGAACUAUCAACUCGAGGGAUCCUGCUCCAAGACCAAAUCAGCAACAAACGCCUCGACGCCAGACAGUUGACCAUAGAACCAUAGUCGACGAGACACUCCCUCUAGGUCACUUUGACAGAGCCCUAGACCCUCGAGGAUCGGAUAGAAGGAUUGUCAUUCCACAACAGCCGGUAGGGGUAUCCACGGGACAGCAGAUCAUUCCCCAACAGCCCGUCAUCAGUUCCAGGCCUCGAUAUGAAGGUUUCGGGUCGACAGCUACUCAGCCAGGGGAGCCACUUACAAAAUAUGCUAAUGGAGUGGACCCACUCUCCGGCUUGCCACCCCUUACACCCGGGGGUAACCAGGCCUUGACGGCAGGGAAGUCCUACACCAGAAACAUCAUCCCGAAUGAAAAGAGGCUGGUGAACCCGACGCUGAAUGGCGGACUCUCAAAUGAAGUACUUGGAGCCACCUAUGUGUGGAGAGUGUCUGGGUUCACAGACUGUACCACAACGUGUGGAGGAGGUGUGCAACAGACUGUCGUAGUGUGUGUGAACACCAGGAACCAGGCGGUAGUCACAGAUGAGAACUGUGCCCGGCUGCACAAACCCGCCCCGACAGCAGUCACCUGCAACACUAGACCCUGUCCAGCAAGCUGGGAGUCAUCACAAUGGAGCACUUGCACCACCACCUGUGGCCCGGGAACCCAGACUCGAACCGCCACCUGCAAGUCGCGUGUGUCCGCUACCCUCAACCUCACCAUGCCCGACAACUCCUGUAGCGCCCAGAGGCCAGCAACUGCACAGACGUGCGAGAUCACCGCGUGCUACCUGUGGAUCACAGGCAACUGGAGCAAGUGUUCAAGUCGUUGUGGGCAGGGAAGGAGACAGAGAGAAGUCACGUGCACGGACGCAGCAGGAACUGUCGUGACCUCUCAACUCUGCACGGUACUCAAACCAGCCAAUCAGGAGAACUGUAACAUGGGGAGCUGCGGCAAGGGCUGGUACUCCACUCAAUGGCCAGAAGAGUGUCCGGUGUCGUGUGGGGAGGGCACGAUGAAGAGGAAGACGAUGUGUGCAGGCGAGAAGGGCGUGGCCCUGGACACUGACCGCUGCGACCAACUGGACAAGCCCCGUGUAGAGAAGACAUGUAAAGUGGACACACCGUGCGGGGGCAACUGGUUCGUCGGGGAGUGGUCAAAGUGUAACGGGACAUGUGGGUACGCCGUCAGAUCACGUGACGUGGCGUGCGUCAAGAACCUGCCUGGAGGCGUUCUGGCGGUGGUGACGGAAGAUAACUGUAAGGGCAAGGAGAAGCCCGAAACUGGGGAGGAAUGCCAGUUGCCGGAAUGUCAUCCCGAGUGGUACAUGACGUCAUGGGCAGAGUGUUCGAAGUCGUGUGGAACUGGCUACAGGACGCGGGAGGUCAAGUGUCUGGAUCCCAACCAACAGCCAAGUGCAGAGUGCCCUGCAAGGUCCAAGCCUAGAACACGAGAGCCAUGCAACACUCAGUCGUGUGUAGCAAGACCAAAACCUACCAGCAAAACAGGAGGUGCCUGUACCGAUUCCUUCUCGCAGUGCCAGCUGGUGAAGAAGGCAAGGCUUUGCAGAUAUGGAUAUUACGCCAAAAUGUGCUGCCUCUCCUGUUCCAACGAAACAUGAGAACCUUCAGAGUACAUCGUGCUGCCUAUAUAUACUGACUGACAGUGCAAGGGACACGUAGGAGAAAGGGUGUGCUGGUGACACUAUAUAGUGCUAUACUGAGACAUACGGUGCUCUGUAGGACGGUCCAGGAUACCUUAUACACGUGGUCCGUCAACACAGUGUGAAGUCAUCAUGGACAUCUUGUUUUUGAACAUGCCUGGUCUUCAUAAAUACUUCUUUACUCCAAUAGAUUUCUAUGUAAUUCAUCCGCAGACUGCGUUCUGGAGGUGAACAAUAUUUACGACACACGUGUUUUUAACUGUGAUCUGGUGUCAGCUGACGUUUAGGGGGAGUGUUCGGGAGUCCUCGCUGGAAGGGCCUGACGUGUCAGUUGUGUGCUUGAGAUCAGGCAACCAGUGAAAUGAGUGGAAUCACUGCAUUUAUGUUCCUCGACCAAUGUUUUGUACAUACGAGCUAAUGUUAUUAAGUUUGCAUGGAUUUGCCUCGCUAUAGCCAUAUGUUUCUAAGUGCCAUAAUAUAGCUAUGCACAGGCCACGCGAUUUGGUAGAAAUAUAAACCAAUUAAUGAAGACGAAGUUGGUCACGUGAAUCUGAUUCCGGUAAAAACCUAAUAUACUGAUGAUCAAAAGUUAAGCAGCGACUGAGUUAACAUUGAAAACCGUUUUAUAUAAUAUGAUAAUUGAAAAAUUUCAUGUAUAUUGAAUUUAAUAAAAAGUUACACUUAAGUACAUUUCCGAACUAAGUUAUAAAACUAAAAUUCUGACCAGAUUCUGUUUGAUAGUGAUGACAAUUGGAUGCGAGGCAGCUGCGCUUUCGAUCCAAGUCCAUUGGGAGAACAUAUCAAUGGAUGCAAUCGUCACCUUGUUCCCUAAGUUCCACUGGGAAUGUCACAUAACCAGGAUCUAUCAUACACCGUAAGGCCUACAUUACUAGGUAUAACAAAGUAACGGGGUAGUCUCAACUUCUGCCACAUUUCCCUUUAUAAUUUUACUGAAUUUACAUUUACUGCCAUUUGCUGAGGAUUUCACAACCAUUUUCACAAAUGAAAUGCCACGUGCACGGUUGAUUAGCCUGUGGUCAUCAGUAUAUGCUUCAGAUUAAGUUGUACUCAAUCUUAAGAUGUACUCAGUGUCAAGUUGUACUCAUUAAUGUUUUAUUAACUACAUCUUCGCUUUGAAGUGCCGAGCCCUGAAUAGAACAUUACUACACAUACGCAGGGUAGGCUACCCAUUUGGGAUGUGGUGCUAGGUGGUAUUUUAACUUAAUCCCAUGAUGCAGUGCAUAUUCCGCUUCCUGUCUGUGAUAACCUUAGAUAAUCUUAAGAGCUCUACCUUGCAUGUACCCAUUGUCAUCAACUAGGACGACUGAUGACGGUUCUGGAGAGGUGAAGGUCUUCUUUAACAACCACAGGUACAAGCCAUAACGGCGACCUCAACUCAUGUCUCUCAUUUAAAUACACAUUUCGUGGACCAAUUUAAAAAUUAAAUAUUUUGAUUGUAAUAUCCAGAGAUCUUGUCUGACGUUUGUAUUCAAAUACUUAUUUUAUCAAGAUAUUACAGGAAAGUAAAUUAACACCAAGAAUGAUAUGCUCUCACAAAAGAGAUGUUAAGUCAUUCGUCGGGAUACAGGGGAUGUGUGUUUAUCGGGACUGAGUGUAACAUUUCACAUUUGCACAAUUUAAUUUUCUUAAUAUUCAAUCCGACAGUUACAGAUUACUGACAUGUGCAUGUUCUGUCAUUAUAUCUCUCUACACUCAGAUUUUGAAGAUUUGUACAUGUGUUGUAAAUACUAUUAUGACACAGUUAGUGUGUUGCUGACGCCAGACAUGGAUCACAAGACCAGUGAAACAUGUCUACAGGCCCGAUUAUAUGUAAGGAGAUUUGGCAUUAGUCUGUACAAUUGUGUAACAUAGCCAAUGUGCAUAUUAGUUAACUGCAAUUCUGCUUAUUUUGAGUCCGAAUAAAAUAUGUCGAUUUUUAGAUUA